UUGAGGACAAACAUUUCUGCAAUCAAUCAACAAAUGUAUCUGGCAUGAGCACCUUCACCACCACCACAUAUUUAUUAUGUGUUUCUGUUGGCUGUUUAUCAGUUCUUAUAAUGUUUGGAAACCUUCUUGUAAUAAUCUCCAUCAUUUACUUCAAACAGCUCCACACUCCUACAAACUACCUCAUUCUGUCUCUCGCUGUAGCUGACCUGCUUGUUGGUCUUUUAGUUUUGCCUUUUAGUGCCAUACUGGCUGUAAGCUCCUGUUGGUAUUAUCAAGAUUUACUCUGUAAGGUACGAAGCACCUUUGAUAUUUUUCUGGGCUCCUCUUCUAUUUCGAACUUGUGUUUUAUUUCUGUUGACAGAUAUUAUGCUGUAUGUCAGCCUCUGAGGUACAGAGCUAAAAUAAAUGUCUGUGUUGUUGUGAUCAUGAUCCGGGUGAGCUGGACUGCUUCUGCUUUUUUUGCAGUUACUGUGGCAAUUCUGGGAGUGAACCAAGGAUUUAACAGAGGGUGUGUCCUAUUUCAAAAUAGCAGCUUAGCAAGUUUGGGACUUGUUUUUUCGUUUUAUAUUCCAACUAUCACUAUGUUAACCAUAUACUUAAAGAUUCUGACGGUGGCACAGAGACAGGCACGCAGCAUCCAAAACAUAACAUGUCAGAGCAAAAAGUCUGAAAGGAAGAUGGAGAGAAAGGCCACCAAAACUUUGGCUAUUGUAAUGGGAUUUUUUCUAACCUGUUGGACUCCUUUCUUUCUUUGUAUGACAUUUAACCCUUUGAGUGAUUACACAAUACCUGUUGCUCUAAUGGCAGCAUUUAAGUGGUUUGGAUGGUCAAAUUCAAUGCUCAAUCCAUUCAUCUAUGCCUUCUUUUACAGCUGGUUUCGAUCAGCUUUUAGAAUGGUGAUUUCUGGGAAAAUAUUUCAGGGAGAUUUUGUUAAUUCUAAGCUCCUUUGA